AUGUCUGAUUUGAUACAAGUUACCAUCAAAGAUCUGCUAAAACAGAUAUCCGAUCGGGCGAACCACGGCCGUGAGGAGCGCAUGCAGGCAUCGCUGGAGUUGUGUCGAACGCUGGAAAGGUUGAGGAAUUUGCAGGAACUCCCAAAGGGAUGGCAAGAGCUCGGCGACGAUUUUCUGGUGAUAAUUACGGCAAGGAGCGGUCCGUUGGAGUUGAAAAAGAACCUGUCGACGUGUUUGGCGGCACUUGGCGUGCUGACUGGAUGGGAAUACGAAUUAUUCAUUCAAUGGCUUCUCGAUGCGAUCGAAGCUUUGCAUCGGAAAGCCGAAGAGGAGCGAAUGAUGUUGAUUGGCGCAAUGGCCUCUUCGAUUGUCGUGAAUGCAACGAAAAGCUUCCCGUUUGCCGAGAAAUUGUCUGACAAACUGAUGAAAUUCGCGAUCAAGAGCCUCGAAGCAAAUACAUCACAUCAAGUUCACUCCUCGUUGAUGGAACUCUGCACGGCGGUUUCUCAAUUUUCGCCAACAAAAUUUCGCGCUUUCUUUGAGGAUAUGGUCGAUUUGACGGUCGGAUGGCUGAUGGACGAGACAGUACCGAAGAAAAUCCACGCAAAAUGUGAAGAGGCUCUCCUCGGCUUGUCGAGUUUCUGGUUGGAGCGGCCGAACUACGCGAAAGAGUUGAUGAAACAAUUCCGGCGGGAUAUCGUCGAGGAUUUGGAGGACUUGCGAAAUGGCGGGAUCACAGGCAAAGAGGCGCAAACGGUGUUGUCGCGUGCCGGUUCGCUCAUCAAAACCCAUGCGAUCAUCAUGCGGAUCUACUUGAACGCACCGAAUGAGGAGAAUCUGCGCAUUGUCAUCGUGUCGACGAUUGAAGAGUUAAUCCUCGCUGGUGAAAGCUACAUCUCGAUCUUCAGAGUGAACGACUCGAAUCCGACAAAGCUUUUCCUCGCGCUUGUUUAUGUUUUCGAGUUAAUCUCCGAGUUGAGAGCCAUCGUUGAAGAGGAUUUCUUGAAGUUGACCACCUCAUGCGUCGCUUUUCUAUUCAAAGUGAUCGAUUCGUUUCCGGGAGCGAUUUAUUUGAUCAAUGGAUACUUGGACUUGUUGACGAAGUUUGAAAGCAAUGUGCCGCACAUUGAUGAGGUGGUAAACAUGUCGACGACACUCAUUCACGGACAAACAGACGUUUCGAACUACUCGAAAAUUGGUCUCAUCUAUCAAUUUCUUGCGAAUCCGAGCACCAUCAAAGCCUCAUCGCGUCUCAUCUCGGCACUUUUGUCGGAGAAAAACAUCAAAACUAUUCAAGCGACGUACACAAUGGUGAUCAAAUGGAUUGGUGAUGAACUUGCCUCGCUUCAAGCCGCCAAAAACAACAGCAACUUCAAGGAACAACUAGAGAUUAAGAACGCCUCGAUUCGUCUUUUUUGCCUGCUACAAUCACUGGAACACUUGGCGACCAUCAAGAAUUCGUUUGUUGUGAUGAUGCUCCAACCAUCGCUUUUCACUUUUCUUACCACUUUACCGCUAAGUGAUGACACGUUUCUGGAGGGUUUUCCAAUGGAACACCACACACUGAUGAGAUUGCUACAUUUGCAUUGUGAAAGCCAUGGUUUCUUUGUGGUGAACUCGUCGUGGAUUGUCGCCGCAUCGCCAUCGCCGAUUCAUCAAAAUUUGACGAAAAAUCAUGCAGAGUCUCAACUAAAGCUUCUGCACGCACUGUUGCUAAAGGGAAACCGGGUGACACUUGGGAAAACAAGAAAAUUAUGCGAUGAAUGGCUGGAGAGUUUAUUCAACAAUUUGCCCGACUAUUCACUACCCGAAGUUGUUAAUCAUCGAGAUUUUAAGGAACUUCAGGUCACCUUAUGGUCUCUUCUAUUGGAAAAUCCGAAACGAAUCGAGAGAUUACAAUCGGUGCUAAAAAUUCUCGAGGUGACCGCGUCGAACGAUGAAGAAACGAUGAUUUCACAAGUGAAACAAGCGAGAACCAAUGUUCAGAAACUCAAUCACGAAGACUCGAUUCGUUUGUGGAAGAAAAUCCCGUCAAGGAGCUACAUUUUAAGCGGAGUCUCGAUCACCGGUUGGACGGACACUGAAAUGACACAGAAGAAAGCAAACGAGUGCCGCUUUUCCACUGAGCACUUCUCGAUCAUCAUCACCUUUCUAUUGCAUAAACAAAUGCCGAAUUUGUUGAGAAAUGAGAACGACACAUGGAUUCAUGAAACGAUCGCAUAUUUGCAUUCGACGAUUACUGGAGUGGAGAAAGAAUUGCUGAUGACUCGUUGGCGUUGGGCGCUCGCGCAGACGGUGAAUUAUUGUGUCGAGAAUCGAAUGCGGACACAAUUCGGAGGACCAAUGGAGACGUUUUCCGAGUUUUCCAAAGAGAUUCACCGACUCGCAAAGGAGGCCAUCUCUGAGAUCCCGAACAAUAAAGUUGAGGAAAAGACGAUGAAAAGUCAGCCAAGUGUCUCUUCGACGACAACUCUUGCACGCCGACCGGAAAAGAGCAGCAAAGACGAGGGAAAUGAGGUGAAAGAGCCAAGGGCCCUAAACGCAUCGGAAGAUUGGUGGCGUGUUCGCCUUUUGCUCGAAUUCGUCGACUUGCUUGAUAAGGCGAUCUACAGCGCACACACUGGUGCCUCGUUUUCACCGUUUAACGUAUCCGAGAUCUCUCGCCACUUUUUCAUCCAGAAUGCGAACGCCUGUCAGGAAUGGUUAUCGCGAAAUUACAUCCCGGCGAUGGCGGUCGCUUAUACGGCUGGAGCGUAUGCUCAAGUGAUUCGCUUUGGCGCCUCGGCGUUGCUCGACUUUGAGCGGAAACAGAAGAAAGAGAAAGCUGGCAACAAUCGCGAGAGUCCGAAUGAGGCGGACUCGAAGAUGAAUGGUCAAACGAUGCCCGGUUUGGUGUUGAUGGCGCUACAAUGGAUCACGAAAGCAAUGGUGCAAUUGGGCUACGAAUUGCCGAUUUUGGGACUGGCCGGCUGGACGCAACGAGUCUACGCGAUUGUCCCCGAAUGGUUGCCGAUUUGUGCGGAUAUUGCGGCUGCUAGAUGGGAAUCAUCGAUUGCCAAGCUGCGCACGUAUCUCAUCCAAAAGAACAGUGAUGUCGAGGCGAAAUUCGCACGGGAAAUGAUGUUAUUCUGCGUUUUGCGUGUCCGUCUGCCCGAAUUGGUUUCUGCCAACCAUUGUCCACCGGAUCUCUCGAUGUGGGAUGUGAUGAGUGACUCGACGAAUGAUGCAAUGUUUCCUGAGUGUCCGCCUGGUUUUGAGGAAUCGGCUUUCAAUUGUUGCCGCGAUUUGUGCGUUUUCGGCAAAGUCGACACGGUGCCAGUUUAUUCGAAUACGGCUUGGAAAAUUCCCGAGAAGAGCCUCCAAAUCGAGCACACCUUAUUGACAACGAUGAGAAGACCAGAAGUGCUCGACAUUGAGACCCAGCUGGCCAACGAUGCGGCGCUUGUUUUGGCGACUGAGGGACCGUUGAGAUUACACACCCGUUUCGCAAUUGUUCAAGCGAUUGCUCGUCUCUUGGCGACUCGGAUGCAGAAAAAGGGACCCGAGCUACAGGAUGUACAUGCUUCAAUCAUCGCCGAGUUGGACCCGGCUUUCAUCCUCGAAAAACCAAAAUCGGAUCUUGGAGAACGCGUGGCGCUGGGAAGACAACUCCUGCUGUGGACCGAGCGCUUGGGUGGACCGGCCUACAUUGAAAGUCAUGUGCAAAUGGCGAGACUGUGUCGAAAAACGAGCAAUCACAUGCUCACCGCUUCGCACUUGAUGCGAGCCGCGUCGAAUCCCAACUACGCUCGAUCAUCCUUCAAUCAAAUCAUGGUUGCGAGACAAGGAGCCAAAAUGCUCUGGCCGACGGCGACUUUCGAGCAACGUGCACAACAUUUUGUCGGUCUCUUCUCGCUUGCCGCCAAAGCCUACGAAAUGGAUUUGAAUCAACGGGUGAAUGGGGAAACCUUCUCCCCGACGUCAACAAGGUCGUCGGAAGUGCUGCUACAAUUGCCGAAUGGGAACACGAUCCCCGUUGAUCCGUUCAAUGCAUCGGCUCCGGUUACUACAGGCGGAUUGGCGACAGCGAAAGCGGCGAUGCUUUUGGCGAAAUGGCUGGGCAAUGAGCCGGAUUUGUUCGGAACACUGCCCCCGGAGGCUGCACAAUUGGUAUUCAUGAAUCACCUCGGCGUGUUGACGCAAGAGAUUGGCUCGAUCGAUUGGGUGGGAGCGUUGCUGUCGAUGGCCACAAAAUGUGCUCCAACAAUUGCAAAAAGUCACGAACAACUCGCGCAAUGGGCUCUCUCGCAAGCGUCCCUUCAGUCAUUCAUCUCGGACCAAGCGUUUUUUGUCUCGAAUUAUUCGCGUCUUCUCGGGCCGGAAAUCGCGACGCCUGAACGCUUGGAGGCCUUGUGGAAAGCGAUUUUCAGUAGUAACAGCUUGGCGCAACUCCAAAAUGCCGUCAUCGUUGCCCUCGGAGGAACGUUUGCCAGUGCGGCUGAAAUUUUACUCAAACAAACCGUUUACUACACGAACAUGUGGGGGAAAAUGUUGGAGAGAAGGCGACAAUUGAUGACAAUGGGGGCGAAUUCGUUGUUCGCUUUCUUGAGGCAUCACGAUCGGGGAAUGAGGACGAGCAUCGGCACCGUUCGUGUAUGUCUUCAAAUUCUCGACCUUCUCGCGCAUCACCAAGACAUCAUUCACUCGAUUCUCGAGAAUGGCAUUCAGUCGACCGACGUCUCUUUGUGGGUGUCCGUGUUGCCGCAAGUCUUUGCCCGUCUAUCACAUCCGUCAAGGAAAGUUCGCGAGACGCUGAUCGAGUUGAUCCAGAGAAUUGGCAAAAUCUCUCCACACACUGUCGUUUAUCAAAUCGUCGUCGGCGCCUCAAAGCAAAUGCUGAUGGACGCGGAAACUGAGGAUUUGGUGGAAACGAAUGACGAGAUUGCACAGGAUACGCAUUUAGAGGAAAAAUCUCUGAUGUUCGAGUGUUGUCGUCGCUUGGAGGAAUCGUUGGCCUCGUUUUACCCGGAAAUGGUCUCCGAUGUGCGAUCGUUUGUCGAAGAGUUGCAGAAGAUCAACUUAUUAUUGGAAGAGAGAUGGGUGUUCGUCUUGGCCAAUAUCGACAACGAGAUGGAGAAACGACUCACGCAUAUUCGGGCUGAAUCGGAGAAAACGUUGAAGGCGGCUCACCUCGGCGAAAAGGAGCGCAUCGAGUUGGUUCAAGAGAAAACGCGAUUGAUCACGAAUUCGGUCUUCGAGCUAUUGGACGAUUUGUACGAGCGCACGCUUAACAGAACGUCGACUUCGGUCAAUGAAAAGAGCUUCAUCGAUGAGCACAAGGAGAAAAUUGCGGCCGCUUUUGAGACGAGUCGCGCGAAUCGAGCGAAUCCCGAGAAAGCGUGGGCACCGUUUAGACAACUACUGGCCGCUCUCAUCCAGAAGACCGCCCGGCGCACCAAUUCCACCCUGCAAAUCGAGGACAUCAGUGAGAAGCUGUCAAAGCUAAAUGGCUCAAAAGUUCCAAUCCCCGGUCAAGAAGCGAUCGAUUUUGCUGAGAUCUGUUACCUCGAUCGUUUGGGCAAAACGGCUUGGGUGUUGCCGACGAAAACCCGUCCAAAGAAGCUGAUUUUGAUUGGAUCCAAUGGAAAAGAAAACAUCUUCCUCUUCAAAGGGCAAGAGGACUUACACUUGGACGAGCGAAUCAUGCAAUUGUUGCACAUUUGCAAUUUGAUGCUACGCGGAGCGAAAGAGUUGCAGGGAGACUGGCCACUGUACGAGGCGUUGAACUACUCGGUGACUCCGCUGGGCGCUCGCUCGGGUCUCAUCCAAUGGGUGAUCGGGUGCACGCCGCUCUUUCAACUCUAUCGCCGAUGGCAGAAUCGACAGGCGCAAACAAAGACGCUUCUCAAUCGAAAAGCCGGUCAAGCGACGCUCAACAACAAUGCGCCUUUGGAACGACCCACCGAUAUGUUCAUGAAGAAGUUGAGGGCCUCGUUCAAGGAAAAUACAAUCGCCCCGGAAGUGUACGGUGAUCGCUCGAAAUGGCCAAAAACGAUUCUUCGCGAUGUGUUGCUGGAGUUGAUGAAAGAGACGCCGAAUGAUUUGCUGGCAAAGGAACUGUGGAUGCGUGCGGGUAGUGCGGACACGUGGUGGCGCGUGACGUCAAGAAUGGCGCGGAGUUCGGCUGUGAUGAGCAUCAUUGGCGCAAUUCUUGGAUUGGGCGAUCGGCAUCUCGACAAUCUUUUGGUGAAUCUCGACUCUGGCCAGAUGGUCCACAUCGACUACAAUGUUUGCUUUGAUAAGGGUCGCCACUUGCGAGUCCCUGAAACAGUGCCGUUCCGUUUGACGCCGAAUAUCGUGCACGCGCUUGGACCAACGCAGAUUGAUGGAAUGUUCCAGCAAUCGUGCCAACAAGCACUCGAUGUGUUCCGCACAGGCAAAAAGGUUCUUCUGACGGUGCUCGAUGCUUUUGUAUAUGAUCCGCUCGUCGAUUGGGCCGCUGCUCACGAUCAUUUGACGACAAGCGCCGCUGUUGGCUCGGUGAAUGUGGCUGUGGCGUUAGCGGUUUACGGCACUGAUUCACGAGCUGCCGGCGCUCGUCCAAUUGCUCGACAAAUGUUCGCCGUGAGAGUUCGCGAAUUUGCGACACCGUGGAAAGAGAACAAAAUCGAACUCACACAAGCCAUUCAGCAUCUCAUCGCCACGAUCAACUACGAGGUAAAACUCGACGUGCAAUCACCGCUUGAAGAAGCUCAUGCUUUGCAAAAGAGCCGAAACGAGGCUCUGCAGCGAAUGAAAGCCGCAAUUCAUGCACACCAUCAAAUCAUGAAGAACUUCCGGCAAUUGUUGAGGGCACUUUCAGCGUGUGACCCGCGUUUCUCUGCGUACACGAAGAAAUACCGAGAACGUUUCGCUGAUGGAGUGGUGAAAGCGCAUGAAGCGAUGGAGUCGAUUCCGUCAAAUUUCCUGCUCGCAAUCACUGUGUUGAGCUCGGUGGUCGAGACGAUCAAUGAUGUCUACGAUGGACUUUUGUCGUUGGACAGCGCUGCUCCGAUUGUCCCUGCACAAAGCUCGACGAUUUCACCGACGAAUUUCAUGGCACCACCUGGAUUUGAAGAUACGACACCCGGUGAGCAGCAGAAACAGCAGCAAAACCUGUACGCGAGAAGUGUCAACCGGAAGGUGGAAGCGCGUUUAGAUGGGCGAAUCGAUGGGAAUGAGCCGAUGAAAUGCUUCACGAUACAGGAACAGGUCGAUCAAUGGAUUCGCUCGGCCACAUCGCUCUCGAAUCUCUCGUUGAUGUACGAGGGAUGGACCGCCUGGGUG